CUUCCGCCUGUUGUUUCGUUAUGCAAAGGAACACGGCGACCUAAAGACUGUUGACGUGCGAUCGGAGGUGAUAAUUCCGAGACGGACUAAUUAGAAUACGAGGAAGGUUUCUGGGCCGUGAAUCACUCACUAUUGUCUCGAUCGAUCCCGACAGCAGCCAACGAGCACCCGGCAUGGAGAUGAGUGCUGCUAUGUUCGCGCGUGUAUCCUUCUAUCCCACCCUCCUCUACAAUGUCCUCAUGGAGAAAGCCUCCGCCAGGAACUGGUACGACCGCAUCGACGAGCAUGUGAUACUGGGAGCCCUGCCCUUCCGCAGCCAGGCCAAUGACCUCAUCGAGAAGGAGAACAUGAAGGCGGUGGUGUCGAUGAACGAGGACUACGAGCUGACCGCCUUUUCCAACAACACGGAGAAAUGGCGCAAGUUGGGCGUUGAGUUUCUACAGCUGGCCACCACAGAUAUCUUCGAGUCGCCCAACCAGGAGAAGCUCUUUCGCGGUGUGGAGUUCAUAAAUCAAUUCUUGCCCCUGACGAAGCGGAUCGGCGGUCUCAGUUCGACCCAGUCGCCGGAGAACGUGGGCUCCGUCUAUGUGCACUGCAAGGCGGGCCGGACGCGCAGUGCCACCCUCGUGGGCUGCUACCUCAUGAUGAAGAAUGGCUGGACACCAGAUCAGGCGGUGGACCACAUGCGUCAGUGCCGUCCGCACAUUCUGCUGCACACAAAACAAUGGGAUGCCCUCAGGUUAUUCUACACAAACAAUGUGGAGGCCAAGUCAUGACCAAUACCGGACAAUAGACCAAAUGUUUUAAUGCUUACAUAGAUUACCAUACGUAACAAAGGUGCUGUGGUGUGGUGCCCGUUUCUCUGACUAAUUUAGUGUGUUAUUACAAUCCGAAUGUGUUUGUUGAAUACAAUUUUCUAUAAAAACAUGUGCUGCCGUUACUUUA